UGGCGGCGGAAGCGGCCCCUCUUCCUCUUUCCGGGUGACUGUGGCGGCGGCGGCAGCGGGGUAAGGGCGGCCGGGUGCGGCCUGUUCGUAUCCGCCGCCAUCCUGCGCGGGGCGGCCCUGCGCUGGCCGCGGCGCGGCGGAGUCUGCCCGGGGAAACCGGGAAGGGCCGCGGGACCGGGGUUUUGGGGCGGCUGGGCGCUGCUGACUGCCUGGAGAGGCCAGCGGGGUGGCCCGGGCUCGCCGGCCCUGAGGCGGGUCUGCCCUGAGGGUGGGAGCGUGUCCCGGGCAGAGGCGGCGGCCAAAAUGAAGUUCAAUCCGUUCGUGACCUCAGACCGCAGCAAGAACCGCAAACGUCACUUCAAUGCCCCUUCUCACAUCCGGAGAAAAAUCAUGUCCUCCCCGCUCUCCAAGGAGCUGCGGCAGAAAUACAACGUCCGCUCUAUGCCCAUUCGGAAGGAUGACGAGGUCCAGGUUGUGCGGGGACACUACAAAGGGCAGCAGAUUGGGAAGGUGGUCCAGGUGUACAGGAAGAAAUACGUCAUCUACAUUGAGCGUGUGCAGCGGGAGAAGGCGAACGGCACAACUGUCCACGUGGGGAUCCAUCCCAGCAAGGUGGUGAUCACCAGGCUAAAACUGGACAAAGACCGCAAAAAGAUCUUGGAGCGUAAAGCAAAAUCCCGCCAGGUUGGCAAGGAGAAGGGCAAAUACAAGGAAGAAACGAUCGAAAAGAUGCAAGAAUAGAUUAUUUCCUAUUGACACCAUUAAAGAACCGCUAAAAUUUAAA